AUGGCCCCAAAUCAGAAACUAAUAGUUGAGGUUGUUGAUGCGCGGAAUCUCUUACCAAAAGAUGGCCAUGGAACCUCGAGUCCAUACGUUGUGAUCGACUUCUAUGGGCAAAGAAAGAGGACGCAAUCAGUGAUUCGUGACUUGAACCCAACAUGGAAUGAAAUACUUGAGUUCAAUGUUGGUAAACCAUCUAAUGUUUUUGGUGACAUGCUUGAACUCGAUGUUUACCAUGACAAGAACUAUGGUCCUACUAGAAGAAACAACCAUCUUGGCAGAAUUCGAUUAGGUUCGAGCCAAUUUGUUAGAAAAGGCGAGGAGGCUUUGAUCUAUUAUCCCCUGGAGAAAAAAUACUUGUUGAGUUGGAUACAAGGUGAGAUAGGGUUAAAGAUUUAUUACCAAGAUGAGGUUAUACCACCGCCACCGCCACCGCCACCAACACCACCAGCAGAACCAGCAGCAGCAGCGCAGGAAGAGGAAGCGAAGGCGGACACUAACAAAGAGACUUCACCACCACAACCAACAGCUGAAGCAGUGGUGCCAGCAGAAACUGAACCACAACAACCAGCUGAAGCUAAAAAAUCUGACUUAGAAACAGGGGCCACGACAGAGUCAAAUAAAGAGGAACCUCCUGAAGAAGAAAAGCCCAAAGAGGCACCAUCAGCUCAAGCUGAAGCAGGGGCAGCGGCAGCGCCACUGUCAGAUAAUGCACCAGCACCUAUUCAAGUUGAAAAACCACCAGAAUCUGAUGGGUCACCAUCACCACAUCCACAAGAAUCUAGUGGUCAAAACAAAGAGGAUCCGUCACCAGGCCCAGCACCAGUAAACAAGCCUGUCCAAGAUGACGGUGACAUCGUUUUAGAGCCUACAUUCAGUAAGUGGGGACCGUCACCACCAGAAAUAAUGGCAGCUUCAGUGUCAGGAUCAGUUCCUGAAAUCAAAAUAGCAGGGAUCAACGCUCCACAACCCAUUAUAAGGCCAGUGGCUCCCACCUCGAAUUACACAUUAGAACCACAGGAAAGUUUGUCAAUCGAACGAUCAGCAUUUGAUCUCGUUGAAAAGAUGCAUUACCUGUUUGUUCGGGUGGUGAAGGCACGGCACCUCCCAACCAAUGGGAACCCAGUUGUAAGGAUUGCAGUUUCAAACAGCCGCGUACAAUCAAAACCCGCUAGGAAAACAUCAUGGUUCGAGUGGGAUCAGACAUUUGCAUUUGGCCGCGAUGCACCUGAUUCCUCCUCUAUACUCGAAAUUUCAGUGUGGGACCCACAUGACCCCAGAUCAUCCGAAAUGGCAGCAGCAGCAAAUUUCCUGGGUGGAAUUUGUUUUGAUGCCACGGAGAUCCCAUUGCGGGACCCGCCAGACAGCCCCCUGGCCCCGCAAUGGUACAGGCUGGAAGGAGGUGGAGCCUACAGCAGCGACUUGAUGCUUGCCACGUGGGUAGGGACGCAAGCCGAUGACUCAUUUCCUGAUGCAUGGAAGACCGACACAGCUGGUAACAUCAACUCUCGAGCUAAAGUCUACAUGUCUCCAAAAUUAUGGUACCUCAGAGUUACUGUAUUAGAAGCACAAGACAUCUUUCCGUUAAUGCCGUUAAAAGAAACCACAGUUCAAAUCAAAGCCCAUCUAGGUUUCCAAGUCCAGAAAACUAAGGCUUCAGUCACACGUAACGGCACUCCGUCAUGGAACGAGGAUUUAUUAUUUGUAGCAGCCGAGCCAUUUAGUGAUCACUUGAUUUUCACAUUAGAAAACCGGCUACCUAAAGGGCCAGUUACAAUUGGGAUUGUGAGAAUCCCACUUACAGCUAUUGAGAGACGGGUAGAUGACAGGAAAGUGGCAUCUAGGUGGUUCAGUUUUGAAGAUCCAAAGAGUGAAAAAUUGGGUUACAAAGGUAGGGUCCAACUGAGGCUAUGUUUUGACGGUGGGUAUCACGUGAUGGAUGAAGCAGCGCACGUGAGCAGUGAUUACAGGCCCACAGCAAGGCAACUGUGGAAGCAACCGGUGGGGACUUUCGAGUUGGGUAUUAUUGGGUGCAAGAAUUUAUCACCGAUGAAAACGGUAGACGGUAAGGGUUGUACUGAUGCUUAUUGUGUGGCAAAGUAUGGCCCAAAAUGGGUUCGGACCAGAACUGUGUGUGAUAGCUUAGAUCCUAAAUGGAAUGAGCAGUACACGUGGAAGGUUUAUGACCCAUGUACAGUGUUGUCUAUGGGGGUCUUUGAUAGCUCGGGAGAAUUGGAGAUAGACGGUGAUAAAAAUGCCACGCGUCCUGAUGUUCGAAUUGGGAAGGUUCGGGUACGUAUAUCUACGUUGGAGACGGGUAAAGUGUAUAGAAAUAGAUAUCCGUUGACCUUGUUGACUAAUAAUGGAGUCAAGAAAAUGGGUGAGAUAGAAGUGGCUAUAAGAUUUGUCCGUGCAAUUCCAACAUUGGAUUUCUUAAACGUGUACGCACAGCCCUUAUUGCCAUUGAUGCAUCACCUGAAGCCGUUGGGAGUGGUCCAACAAGAAUUGCUGAGGAACACGGCAGUGAAGAUCAUAGCCACACACUUGUCAAGAUCCGAGCCGCCACUCCGACGAGAGGUGGUGCUUUACAUGCUUGAUGUGGACUCGCAUGCUUUUAGUAUGAGGAAGAUGCGCGCAAAUUGGUUUAGGAUUAUUAACGUGAUUGCAAGUGUGAUUGAUAUCGUGCGGUGGAUCGAUGAUACACGUGUUUGGAAAAAUCCAACGUCUACAAUACUUGUGCAUGCAUUGCUAGUGAUGCUUGUGUGGUUCCCUGAUUUGAUUGUCCCCACAUUAGCAUUUUAUGUGUUUGUGAUUGGUGCUUGGAAUUACAGGUUUCGAUCACGGGCCUCAUUGCCUCACUUUGAUCUCAAGCUCUCGUUGGCUGAUACAGUUGACCGUGAUGAACUUGAUGAGGAGUUUGAUACCGUACCGAGUAAUAGGCCACCGGAUGUGGUGCGCACAAGGUAUGACAAGUUGCGUAUGCUUGGGGCACGUGUCCAGACUGUAUUGGGGGAUUUUGCCACGCAAGGUGAACGACUGCAAGCAUUGGUGACAUGGGGGGACCCUCGUGCCACGGGGAUUUUCGUGGGGCUGUGUUUUGUGGUGGCAAUGAUCCUGUACUUGGUACCAUCCAAAAUGGUGGCUAUGGCAUCAGGAUUCUAUUUUUUCCGGCAUCCAAUUUUUCGUGAUAGAAUGCCGUCACCAGCAUUGAACUUCUUUAAGAGGCUUCCUUCAUUGUCUGAUCGAAUCAUGUAA